AUGUCCAACUCCUCCAACCCGAACCCGAGCAGCAGCAGCAGCAGCAGCAGCUUGUUGACACCCAGUCCCUCCUCCCCAGCCGGGACCCCCACACCCUUCGGAUCCAACGUUCCGACACCACAUGGUGGCCAGAACGUGCCACCACAACCACCGGCUCCCGUCCCCACCAUCGUGACCCAUCGACAGCAGCAGCCACCGGUGGGCCUGACGUACACGGGCCGAAGGACGCACAAAAAGAGCCGCACCGGUUGUGCCAUCUGCAAGGCUCGUAAGAUCAAGUGUGACGAACGCCACCCGUCAUGUCUCAACUGCAUCUCGCACGGGGUCGAGUGCCCUUUUCUCACCGCUCCACCGGGGACCGCCACUCCAGUCACGCUUGGGAUUCCCAACAGAACCAGUGGUGCGAGGCAUGCUGCCAAAACUGCCACGAGAGCGUCCCGCUCGCCGUCGUCGCCUUCGGGUCCGUAUCCUCACUCUCAGUCGGUCGAGUCGGAUGUUUUGCCGCUGUUGGAGCUGGAGCUGCUGCACAACUUUACCUCGAGGACAUAUCUCACUCUGGCGUCUGACGCUGGCGUGCGGGAGUUUUGGCGGGUGGAUGUGGUGGACGCGGCGCUAAAGUGUGAUUUUAUCAUGAGGGCUGUGCUGGCGAUUAGUUCGUUGCAUCUUGCUUACCAUCAGGAGAGCUCGGAGAGGAGGGAUUUUUAUACCGCGCAGGGGAUGGUGCUGCAUCAGAAGGCGAGCAGGGAGGCGAUGAAGUAUUUGAGUGAUGAUGGGCAGCAUCAUCUGCUGCGGGUGGAUAAGGAUGCGGCUGCGAGGUUGUUUUUGUUUAGCAUGUUGACGAUAUAUUUUGGUAGGUCUUGCAGUUCAGGUAGUGUUGGAAGACUCUUUGUGCUGACAUGGUCGACAGCAUUGGCAAGUCCGAGGAGACCUCACUCAGAGGGGGGGUCCUUUUUCAUCAACGAAACAUCGUCUUUUCCAGAGUGGACGUUUCUUGUUACGGGCGCCAAAUCACUGAGCAGUGUCCUCGGGCCGAGAGGCCACGAGACAAUGCUAGCGCCGUUUCUCGCGUAUGGAGGGCAGAGGUGGAGGACGCACAGAGCAAAGAUGCAAGAGAGCCAGAUGGGAGAGGCAUGGGGGCCGCUGUCUGCUCUGAGACAAAAUAUCCUGGGUAGCAUGCAGAAACAAGAAGGCCAGGAGGGUGCCCAAGAGCGACUGGCUACGUAUAUCCACGCUCUUGAUGAGCUGGAGUUAUCGUUGGUGAUCAUCACGCGAGAACAGAAUGGAGAAGGGGCGGAGGAGGAAAAGGAUGUGUUGGAUGCUAUGCUGUGGUUGUGGGAGGUGUCAGACUCGCUUGUGCCGCUGCUCAAGAUACCCACACCGGAAGCGGUGGCCAUCUUUGCGCAUUUUUGUAUACUGUGGAAACAUCAUGAGAGGACGUGGUGGCUUCAGGGAUGGGGGGACCACUUGGUGGAGAGGGCGCAUGAGAUCUUGGAUGAGGAGCACAGGGAGUGGAUCGAGUGGCCUUUGAGGGUUGUUGGGCUUGGUUUGGGGCGGUAG